AAAAGCUUCAGUCUAUGGAGAUCGCCUGGCGUUCGGGACCGCUGCACCGCGUGGCGACGCUUCCCUUACCUUGGAUUGAGGUUAGGGGGCGGAGAAGAGGAGGAGGAGCUAAACGCGGGUUUUGUACGCACUGUCCUCACGGGAAGGCUGACUCGCAGACAUGAAUCUGCAAAACUCAACACAAGAUCCUGAGACAAUAGAAGAAUAUUCUCCUGUCUAUGUUGGCAGAGAAGAAGAUAUUAAAAAAUCUCAAAGAAUGACAGCUGUAGUCCAUGACAAAGAAGUUGUAAUUUUUUAUCACAAAGGAGAAUAUCACGCUAUGGAUAUUCGCUGUUACCAUUCAGGAGGACCUUUACACUUGGGAGAAAUAGAGGAUAUUGAUGGAAAAGCAUGUAUUGUUUGCCCCUGGCACAAAUACAAAAUUACUUUAUCAACAGGAGAAGGACUAUAUCAAUCUAUAAACCCUAAAGAUCCAUCAGCAGUACCCAAAUGGUGUUCCAAAGGAGUAAAGCAAAGGAUCCAUACUGUGACUGUAAAAAAUGGGCAUAUUUAUGUGACUCUUUCUAAGCCUUCAGAUUUUAAGUGUGAUUCUGAUUUCUAUGCCACUGGACAGUUUAAAGUAAUUCAAAGACCUUCUACACUGAAGAAAUUUCCAGAUUUUAAAACUACAUGACAAGAAUGAAACAAAAUAUUUUCCUAAGUGUGUAAAGAAAGUAUUUUUAAAGAACUUUCUGCAAAAGGCAAUAAAUAGAAUUAACCUGGCAUAAGUGUGUCAUUAAAAACAACCAAAAAAAUAAAUUCAGAGAAACAUAAACAGAAAUGUAAUAUAAAACAAAAUCUAUAACAUAUUUUCCUUAUCAGAAUAUUCAUUGAUAUAAAACAAAAUGAAAUAAGACAUACCUAAGGAAAAUAGAAAUAAAGUAGGUGCCUUUUAACUUCAACUGAUUGAAACAGAAAUUAAUAUACUGGAAUAUUAUUGCAUUGAAGGAAAUUAUGAACAUUAAUAUAGAGAAGCAUAAGAAGACAUAUUAACUUAUUUAAGCAGAACCAAGGGAAAAAAUACACAUUUACUUGAACAAUGUAAAUAGAAAAAACAGCAACAACAACUAAAAAAAAAUUACUUGGUAUAUUUACUGAGUGAUUUAAUGACCAAAGUUAAAUCCAAAGAAGUGAUAUGAAAAUGUUCCUUCUUUCUUUCUUUGCAGAGGCAAGAGACUGUGAGUACAAAUAUUGAAUAAUGUCACUCUUCAUAUGAUGAUUGAUUUUGCUAAACAUUUUUUCCCUAUUUUCUUCUUUUUCCUUAUAAAAAAUGAUUCUCUGAGUGCGGGAGGGAAAAGAUACAUUGCAAAAUAAAAAUCUUGUAAAAACAAAA